AUGCAUGUAAAAUCGAAGAACACUGAACAGAAUUUUAAUACUGGUGAGUGUGUCCUCACCGCUGCACACACCCGAGGCCCCGCUAUCAUCUACUUUGUCAGAAAGAAAUCCCAGAAGCCUCCAUUCAUCAGGACCACUUGCCACUGGCAAAUGUUACCGAUGGUUCAUAUCAAAGGUAAGAAGGAGCACCUCAUUGACUAA